UGGUCAAUUUAUAAAUUGCACAUGACAUUUGUUUGUUUUUCUAGGUUUUGACAAUAAUUUCGUGAAAAUAUCAAACAGUGUUUGAGCUAACAAUGUAUUUGAAAGACAAGAUCUAUUUAUUAAUUUUAUGUUUUUUAACACAAUGUCGCAGCGAUGAUAUUAUAGUAACUGGCCCUGGACUAAGCCCGGUAGACAUAGUAAUGCCGGCAAGAUACUUUUUCAUUAACUUCACGAACGUUAGUGAAAAAACGUACACGCAUGAGUUAAAUAAAAAGCUGAUUGUGGGAAUAGAUGGAAGAUCUGGAGCAAGCAAACAUUGCAGGGUUUGGGUCAAUAAGUUGGAUAGAAAAGAUGGUACAUUCAUUGUGCGCUAUAAAGUCUAUGAAACAUGCAAAGAUUUGUCCAUUCAAGUGCUAUUUGAUGGAAAACAUGUGGCAAACUCACCGUAUAACUUUAAUGGGCCCAUUCAUCCGGAUCAAUGUAACUGUCCAGUAAAAGAAUUCCAAAAGUGGUUCAAAGAUUAUGGUUGUUUAAAUGAAUAUAAACAAAUUGAGAAAGAUCUUAAACCCUUCUCUAACUUAGAUAUGAAAAACCAAGUCAACAAAAUUGUUGAUAAAUAUCACCAACCAGAAAGUACCAGUUUUUGUCACUAUGCUGUCAAAAACAAUAAACUGUACCGCAAGUGUUAUGGAAAACAUGUGGGAUUUAAUAUGUUUUCAGACAAUAUUUUAUUAUCUUUAAUGAGAAAAGUAAAUUUACCUGAUAUGGAACUGGUAAUUAACCUUGGCGAUUGGCCCUUAGUUCAGAAGUGUGAUAAACCGUUACCUGUGUUUUCAUGGUGUGGUAGUGAUGAAACAUAUGAUAUUGUGAUGCCAACAUAUGAUUUGACAGAAUCAACUUUAGAAAAUAUGGGCAGGGUGACACUGGAUACAUUGUCAGUUCAAAGCGGCGCUGAACUGGCGUGGGAUGCGCGCGAGUCGCGAGCUGUUUGGCGCGGCCGAGACUCACGUGCUGAACGCUUGAAACUUGUGGAUAUUGCUCGCGCAAACCCCGAUUUGUUUAACGUUUCUCUUACAAACUUCUUUUUCUUUAGAGAUAAAGAAGCUCAAUAUGGACCAAAACAACCGCAUAUAUCAUUCUUCAAAUUUUUCGAUUUUAAAUAUCAAAUUAAUGUUGAUGGAACAGUAGCCGCAUAUCGUAUGCCGUAUCUUCUGGCAGGUGGAGGAGUGAUUCUCAAACAGGAUUCACCUUACUAUGAGCAUUUUUACGGACAACUUUCAGCUUGGGAACACUUCAUACCUAUAAAACGCGACUUGUCCGAUUUGGUUGACCGCGUCAAAUGGGCUCAGGAAAACGAUGAAAAGGCCCGGAAGAUUACUCUAAAUGCAAGGAAUUUCGCUACCGAACACUUAUUGCCACAACACGUAAUUUGUUAUCAUGCUGCUCUAUUUUGGGAAUGGAGUAAAAUAUCAAAAAGUGAACUUAAUGUAGAAGGUAUGACAACCAUAUCACAGCGUUCAUUUGAUUGCAAUUGUGAAUCUCACAGGCCAAAUAAUCGUGAAGAUCUCUGAUAUUAAUUGUUCGCUAUCUGAAUGAAAUCAAUAUGUUAUUAGUUGUACAAAAUAUUAUGACGAAUAUGUGAACGAGUCUGAAACCAGCGUAUCUGACACAGUGCGUUUAUAGGUAGGUACAUGAACAAAUGCGAAUCUAGAUUUACUAGUCAAAGACUAUCCCCUAGUUUGUAAGGAAAGUAACAACCAAUAUAACUAAAAUACUCUAUUUUUUAGCUCCCCAUUUUGUAAUAACAUCGUACAGUACAAGUUACGCAAGUAGGUAAUUUUUUUAUUAAAUAAGUUUCUCACUUAAAAUAAGUUAAUUUAAUAGAAAUCAAUUAAAAUACAUAAUUUUUUAUCGAAAUCAGCAUCGUUUAUCUUUUCAUAAUAUUACGCUUACUCUGAUAAUCUUUUGGCUUACUUAGUAUAAGAAUCAAGUAUUUUGUUUUAAAAU